AGUAUAACGCGAGUUCCCAUGGCGUGUGUACGCUCACGUGACAUUAAAAAAAAAAACACGCGCUCGUGAAAUAUUACUAAAUUUAAUUUAAUUGACAUUUCCUGACAUAUAGCAAGUUCGGUUUUGAAAUUAAUUCGUGAUUUAGUUGUGUGUUAUUUUAUUUGUAAGAUUAUCACGUAUUCAAAGGCGAGCGGGAAAGCUGGUGGUUGUCAGCUGUCAGAAACGUCGAGAUGGAAGCGAAGGUGAAGGAAGAAGUGCCGGAUAAGGACUACAGCCAGCCGACGUCCACCGAGAGGAGGAAAUCUACAACAACAAACAAAGAACACAGAUCUCCGGAACAGGAGGAGACCAGGUCCUCGCCGACGCCCGGCCCGCCGAGCCCUCAGAAUAACGGAACUACUGCAGCUCUGUCCUCAACGGAGUCCCUGUCUCCUCCUCUCGCUGAUGGAGCACGGGCCCCGGCUCUGCAGCGGCUUCGGCGAUUCCUCUCGGCUCUGCAACAGUUCGCCACGGACGUUGGUGCUGAAAUCGGCGAGAGAGUUAAACAUCUUAUCCACAAUCUUGUGGCAGGUACAAUGAACGUCGAGGAGUUCCAGAGCGGCGUGCAGGAGUGCACCAACUACCCGCUGCGGGCCUCCGUGCCUGGCUUCCUCCGCGCGCUGCUGCCGCUAGCACAGCGAGACCUGCACGCGCGCGCCCGCAGAGCCAAGCAGACUCCCCUCCAGUACAUCAGAUCUCACGAGCACCUGAUCUUGGAGUCAGGGGGAGACUCCAGCGACAUAUUCGCUCCGCAGCAUCCCGGCACAGUUCCCGAAGGGGGCAUCAAGAGACGAGCGAGUGAUCCGUUCUACGAGACAUCGCAAACAAACGGCGCACAUCCCGAAGACUUCCCUCCUCACGCAAAAAGACCUCCCCCCUCCAGCUUAUUCACGACCUCCCCCUUUUUAUACCCUCUACCCAGCAACGCGAGUUUGUUCGAAUACGGCCACUACCAAGGGUUUCAUGCCGGACACAGUGAUUCUGGAUUUGAAAGAAGAGAUGGUGGUAUUUCGGUUCGAGAUGUCUCCUCAAUGAACGCGCCGUUCGAGCCGCGAGGUUCCAGUUCCUCGUCAGUCGGCUUACUCAAGACCGAUGAUGAGUGGAGGAACAUCAACACCAUGCUUAACUGUAUCCUCAGCAUGGUAGAGAAGACCAAACGGGCUUUGGCUAUAUUACAGCAAAGAGGAGUGGAGCCGCCAGAAAAUAAUGAUAUCAAAAGAACUGCAAACGAGAUCAUGGCGGCGGCCGUCCGGCAGACUGAAGAGCGAGUGGCAGAGGUUCGGAGACGGGCUGAAGAUGCUGUCAAUCAGGUAAAAAGGCAGGCUCUGAUAGAGCUGCAGAGAGCCGUGGGUGCGGCGGAGAGCAAGGCGCUCGAGCUGGUGGCGCCGGCCGCCCCUCCCGCCGCGCCCGCCGCCCCGCCCGCACACCCCGCGCACCCCGCGCCGCCGCUCAGCCCCACUCCAGCGCCACACCAUACGUGCUGCUGGAACUGCGGCCGGAAGGCUCAAGAGACGUGCUCUGGAUGUAACUCGGCGCGGUACUGCGGCUCCUUCUGUCAGCACAAGGACUGGGAGAACCAUCACCAGGUGUGCAGCGGACGUGACCAGAAGCCAACGGCUCUGAUUCGAACCUCUCCCCCGACCACGCAACCCAGCCUGAAGCCGCGAUCGACCACCCCGAUAGCUGCCGCCGCCCAGCCCGACAGCCGCCUGUCCCUGAGCACGCUGGGCACGGCCGAGCGCCUGCUGACGGCGGAGCGCCCGCUGGCGACCGGCGCCGACCGCCUGGCGCUGGCGACUCUGUCAGCGGCCCAGAGUGCCGGCGGCGUCGGCACCAAGAAAUGACGCACCAGCAAGGAUGUCACCGUCAAAUGUCCUAAAAGAGUCAGAAGAUGAACCUUGUAACCAAAAAAACUUUGAAGUUUCUUUAAAACGUCGAGAAUAAUUAAAAAAAUCUUAAUAGUGUAAAGUAUGUUUGGUUGAUCACGAUCACUAGCGUUUAGCGAAAAUUGUUGAAGCUCUACAAAAGCACCACACAGCGGAAAGGUAAUCUGCCUAGAAGCAAUUAACAUUAAAAAAUUAAAGCAUCUCCCUAGCCGGCGUCACUCAAUCCGUAUUUGACUACCCAAGUUUUGCAAACUGCAAUUUUCAAAGUUUUCACACAUGGCCCCUGUGCUCGAGCAAUGACUGAUAAUCAUUCCACCACCUCGCCUCCGAAGCUCCAUAAAGCUGUAUGUUUUAAUUUAGGAUAUAUCUUCACACCAAGCCAUCCGGCAGAGGCUUGCUCACACAAAAUCAUUAGCCAUUUACGUAUGCCAAUCGUAGGUGGCCAGGUCCGCGUUGUAAUGACAUUAAUUCACUAAUGUCAACUGUCAAAUGAUAUCACUGAUGUUCGCAAUCAGCAACCUUGUGAGAUGCAAUAAGUCUUAUUAUGUAAACUAAAAUUAAAAGCUACUUCUGCUGAUUCUUCUUCGACUGAUGGUCGGCUUCCAUAGGUUCCUACACAACGAUACUACGGGUGCUUUUUAUACGAAAAUUGACAGGCCGUUUGUAACUGUCAAUGUACCUACUAUUGUUCAAUGUUUUUAUUUCUAUUGUUGACGUUCAUAAUGCAUUACCGGGAUCUCACAGUUGACAAUCUGUUAGCCCUGUUUUGACAUUAUUAUUAUCAUUAGGUAAGUAUGCAUGCAUAAUGCAUGUGACACAAUUCGAAAAAAAAAAACUUAAGUCAAAUUAAUUUAAAAAUUAAUUUUAUUACUAUAGCAUUAUGUAUGAUUUCCAUACGAUCUUGAUUCAUAAAUAUAAAAGAGCAUUAGAAAAUAUUGAAAUAAAAAAUUAAGCUAAAAAAUUUUUCUGUAAUUUUAGGUAAAAGGUUUUUAGGUAAAAGGAUUUCUACCAAAGAUAUUUAGUUUAAAAAAAAUUCAAAGUUUAUUUUUGUGUUAGUUUUAUUCCGUUUUGUAAAUAAAACGUAGUGCCAUAAGUUUAUAUUAGAAUACCGACUGUCAUUAAAUAUUGAAGUAAGUAAGGAAUUACAAAAAGUAUGUCAAAUAAUUGUUGAAAUAAUUGUAAUUUUACUUAUACUUUUAUUUAGUUUUAACACAAAAUAAAUCAUAUAAAUUUGUUUUAAUAUCAUAAAAUAAUAUAUAAUCAUUAAAUUAUAUUAAAACAACUUAUACUGUGGCUGUAAAAUCACUAGUCCCCUGGUCAGACUUUUUAAGUCAUCCGUCACUUUUGUUAGUUCUUUAAAUGUCAAUUCCCAUUUCACGAAAUAUCAAUCACAAAUUAUACUCACAUCAUAAAAUUCAUUUUAUGAUUUUAAAGCAAAGAAAAACCGUGUGAAUGAUAUGGUAAAAGCUAUCAAACAUCACAGAUACAAUUUCUUUUUGUCUCUAAAUUGUUUUAAAUAUUACCCUACCACCAUAUCCUCCCUAUUUAGAACUAGCUUCAAUAUACCGAUGACUUUUUGAUAGUUUAUUGAACUGGAUAUUUAUUUGUCAAAUGUGUAAAUAUCGAUUUUCAAAUGAUUAAACUUUCGACGGGAUGUGUAAAGUCGUUGAGUUCCUUUUUUAAUCUUAUGGUAUUAAUGUUUCGUUAUAAAAUACACAUUACUUGUAAGAGACAAUUGCACUAGUAAUGUAUAAUUAUAAUAAAUGUAUUAUUGGUGUUUAUUUUCCCGCACUCACGGCCUCAUGAUUUUCUCUGCGUGACCCGAGUACAUUGUCGAUGUGGUAGUGAGUCAUAAUUCUGUAUUCACACAGGAUGAGUGGUCAUCGCACGUUUUCCGAUAUUCGGUGUUGAAAGAAAGAUGGUAAUUAAAUGACAAAAUCAGAAUACUAUCGUCAUUGAUUGACGCGUGCCAUAGACUAAUUAAAACGCGUUUUACUUUCAUUUCACCGUUAACAAUCUAACGCUUUGAUUACGAAAAGAAGAAUCAAAAUUAUUACAUUCAUUAGUUUUAUUUUUUCUACCAAUAACCGGUAUAGUGACGUCUGAUUUAUACAAACAGCCCGAUAAAUAAUACAUUUAUUAUAAGAAACACCAAAUACUGGUAAUUGUAAUUAUUUCCUCAGCCGUAAUGAAGUGCAAUAUUAACAUUAAAAGAUUUGUAAAAACAUAAAUUAAAAAUAUUCGAAUUUAGUAAUUUGUAAGAAUGUUGUAUGGCGCAACUAGCCGCCGCGCUGUUUGUCUGCAAUCUACAUUAUCUAUGAACGAAUUUUAGGCGCCAAAACUUUAUUUAUUUUAUAAUCAAAUUUUAUUUCUUGAUUGAUUGUUAAUCAUCGCUCAUCUCUAGUCUAUUGUUUUAACUAUAAUGAAAAUCUUUUGCUACACUUUUCAUCGAUAUCAUUUUCAAUCUACUUUAAGAGAGUAAAAAUGUCUAGAUUGUGUUGUUGCAAAUGAAAACAUUUUGUAACAAGGGCGGUUAGUGUGCGUGCAUUUGUAAUGCGAUUUCAACGUCAAAUAAAAAGUUUUGUUUGAAAA